AUGUCAAUUAGCUCAUGGGUUUUCAACUUUCAUACAGAAGAGAGGUUUAUUGGCAGAACUCUCAGAAAGAGUUUCAAGGAUUUGGGGUUUUCACAGCACUUACAAUCAUACGACGAGUCGUCCAAAUACUUCGAGAUCGUCUACGAAGAUGGUUCGGAGGAGCUUGAUUUCGAGGUGGUUUCGUUGUUGGAGAACGAUAAGUGAAGUUCUGAAGAAGUUGGUGCACGUGAAGCCGUCACGUGGGGGUCGGAAGCCGAGAAGCGACGUCGGAUGGAAGGAAGCGUGGCGAUUGAUUUAAAUGAUGGGUUUGUGGAUUUGAAUUUAAAUAAUGGUGAUUUGAAUUUGAAUGAAGAAGUUAUGGGGAAAUUUAAAGAGGAAUGUGGGUUUGAGAAUGGGAACAUGAUUGUGGAUGUUGAGAUCAAAGAUGGGCUUGGGUUUGAUUUGAAUGCUGGGUUUAAUUUUAAGUUGAAUGGAGGGGAAGGUUUUAAUUUGAAUUUGAAUGAUGAGGGUUUGGAGGAGAAUAUGGGUUCGGUGAAGAAGGAGAGGGAGUAUAUUGAUUUGAAUUUGGAUGUGAAUGGAGAGAUGGAGGAGAGUUUGGAGGUUGUGGAGACUCGGAAGAAAGAGUGUGGUUUUGAUUUGAAUUUGGGUGUUGAUGAUGAAGUUGAAGAUGAUAGUGAUGGUGAUUGUGUGGGGAAAGUGAAGGAAUCGGUUUUGUUGGAGAGUGUGGAAGAGUUAAAAGAAGUUCGUGUGACUCAAGAUUUUAGUUAUGGAUUGGUUGGUGGAAUUCGGAGGGAAACCAGUAUGUCGGUUGAUGAUUUUACGGCACGAGAUGGUUGUAACGGAGUUCAGUUGAAGGAUGAGUCUGUUAUUCCUGCUGCUACUGAAAUUGAUGGGUGCCAAGGUGAAAUGGGAAGUUCGCGAAUGCAAGGGACUGGUAGAAGAAAAAGAAGAAGAGUUAUAGAUAAUUUGAAUUCAUCAACUGAACCAGUGUUGAGAAGAAGUACACGUAGAGGGUCUGCCAAAAACAAUGUUCUGAGCUCAUCAACAACUUGUGAUUUUAGUGAUUUAUCAUCUACUGCUGCUGGUGCGUCAAUGAUGGAGGAGUUGCCAGUUACUCUGGCUGCCGAAAGGUUUGAUGAACCUGCGGUUCUCCCUCCAAAGUUGCAAUUACCCCCUUCUUCCCAGAAUUUGGAUUUAGAUGGAAUUCUUGUACUCGAUGUUUUUUCUAUUUAUUCCUGUUUGAGAUCAUUUAGUACUUUAUUAUUUUUAAGCCCCUUUGAGUUGGAUGAUUUUGUGGCUGCACUGAAAUGCAGCUCCCCGAGUUUGUUAUUUGAUUGCAUUCAUGUUUCGAUUUUGCGUAUGCUGAGGAAGCAUUUGGAGCACCUUUCAAAUGAAGGUUUUGAAUCCGCUUCUAGUUGCUUGAGGAGUCUUAACUGGAAUUUGCUGGAUUUGAUUACUUGGCCUGUUUUUAUGGUUGAAUACUUCCUGAUUCAUGAUUCAGUAGUGAAACCUAGUUUUGAUCUUACUCGCUUGAAGCUAUUUAAAAGUGACUAUUACAGACAACCAGUGUCUGUAAAAGUUGAGAUGCUUCGGUGUCUAUGUGAUGAUAUGAUUGAGAUGGAAGCCAUAAGAAUGGAGCUUAGCAGACGAUCAUCAGGGGCUGAGCCUGACUUGGAGUUUGAUCGAAAUAUAAACAAUGAGUUUGGCAAGAAGAGGAGGGUUGCGAUGGAUAUGUCUGGUGGCUCUUGCUUGACAGAGGAGAUAAUUGAAGAUGCCAAUGACUGGAAUAGUGAUGAAUGCUGCCUCUGUAAGAUGGAUGGGAAUUUGUUGUGCUGUGAUGGUUGUCCUGCUGCAUAUCAUUCGAAGUGUGUAGGUGUUGCCAGUGAUCUUUUGCCAGAGGGUGACUGGUUCUGCCCUGAGUGUGCACUAGACAGACAUAAGCCUUGGAUGAAACCUCGCAGAUCACUUAGAGGAGCAGAGCUGUUGGGAGCUGAUCCUCAGGGGCGGUUAUAUUUUAGCAGUUGUGGUUACUUGUUGGUGUCAGAUUCAUGUGAGGUAGAAUGCACUUUCAAUUUCUACCACAGAAAUGAUCUAAAUGUUGUUAUUGAUGUGCUAAAGUCAUCUGAGAUCUUUUAUGGUGACAUAAUAAAUGCAAUAUUCAAGCAGUUGGAUAUUACUGUUGGCUUUAAUGGAGUACAGAGUAAUUUGGACUCCCUUAACAAUGUAAAUUCAAGCAUGCAUACGAAGGCAGAAGCUCCUGAUAUUAGCAUGCCAAAUAGCAUGCCUUUGGCAUCUUCUGAAACUUGUGCAAUUAUGAGUAAGAUUGUUAGAAAGCCAGAAGAAAGUUGUGAUGCUGGAUAUUCUGGUCAUCUUGACUCGGAUGCUUUUAAAUCAGUGAACGUAUUGGAUUCAGUGACUGCAGCAGAAAGGCCAAAUGUAAGUUCGGAAGGAUCUGCUGAAACCACCCAACUAAGUUCAGUCAUUCAGAAUUUUCAGAAGCAAGAGCCUAAUUAUUCUCAUAGAGCUGCUAAAUUCUCAAAUCAGUCUGACAUACCUGGGAAGUCACCACCUCUUGGAGACAGUUCCAUGACAUCUACUGGUUCAGAUGUUAGACAGAAAAUUGCAUCUCCUGGCAAUAUUUUAUCUGUGAUAAACACUAGAAAAGUGGACAGACAAGUGCAAUGUGAAAUUGCUUACAUGAAUCACUAUAGUUUUGCUCAAACAGCCUCGUCUGUUGCAGAAGAGUUGAUGCCUAAGUCAUCAAAUGAAAUCAAAGAAGAGGUUAUAAAAUCAGAGGAGGAGGUAAUUUCGACACAGAUGAAGACCAUUUUGAAGAAAUCGGACAAAUUUUGUUGGCCAAAUAUUCAGAAUCUUAAUGUAGAUACACAGAAAGAAAGAUGUGGGUGGUGCUUCUCUUGCAAAGUUCCAACUGAUGAUAUUGAUUGCUUGUUUAACAUGAAUAAUGGUAAUGUUUUGGGAAGUUUGAAAAGUGAGGUGGUUGGCCUUCAAUCAAAGAGGAACAAGAAAGGGCAUCUAGUGGAUAUCAUAUGUCAUAUUCUCUCUAUCGAAGUUCGGUUGUGUGGGCUUUUAGUAGGUCCCUGGCUGAAUCCACAUUAUACCAAACUUUGGCGUAAAAAUGCUUUAAAGGCAGCUGAUCUGGCUUCUGUUAAACAUUUACUACUUAUGUUAGAGUCAAAUCUGCAUCAUCUUGCAGUAUCCGCAGAGUGGUUGAAACACGUGGAUUCUCUUGCUACGUUAGGUUCAGCUUCUCAUAUUGUGAUUGCUUCAUCACGAGCAUCAAAGCAGGGAAUUGGCAGAAAAAAGGCAAGAUUCUUGGAUCCUGAGGGUAACCCUUCCUCAAAUGGCGCUGGGGGAUUGAGCUUAUGUUGGUGGAGAGGAGGCAGGGUUUCUUGUCAGCUUUUCAGUUGGAAGGUCUUACCUCACUCCCUGGUUUCCAAGGCUGCUAGACAAGCUGGAUGCGCCAAAAUACCGGGCAUAUUGUACCCCGAGAGUUCAGAUUUUUCAAAAAGAAGCAGAAAUGUUGCCUGGAGAGCUGCAGUUGAGUCAUCAACCACUGUUGAACAGCUUGCAGUCCAGGUUAGAGAAUUUGAUUUGAACAUCCGAUGGGAUGACAUUGAAAACACUCAUCCUCUCUCUAUAAUGGACAAAGAAUUUAAAAAAUCAAGUAGGCUGUUCAAGAAGGCUAUUAUUCGAAGGAAGUGCUUAAAAGAAGGGGAAGGGAUAAAAUAUCUUAUUGAUUUUGGCAAGAGGAGAAAUGUUCCGGACAUCGUAGUGAAACAUGGAUCAAUGGUUGAAGAAUCAUCUAGUGGAAGGAAGAGAUAUUGGCUGAAGGAAUCUUAUGUACCCUUGCAUCUUCUGAAAAGUUUUGAAGAAAGAAGAAUCGCCCGUAAGUCAGCUAAGCUGAAACCUGGGAAACUUUUGGAGGCUAAUAGAGCCACAAAGAAGUCCUUGAGAAAACGAGGGUUUUCGUAUCUCUUUUCAAAAGCCGAAAAAUCUGAGUAUUAUCAGUGCGGGCACUGCAACAAAGAUGUCCUAAUCAGAGAAGCGGUUUGCUGCCAGUUUUGCAAAGGAUUCUUCCAUAAGAGGCAUAUCAGAAAGUCUGCUGGGACAGUCACAGCGGAAUGUACAUAUACUUGCUACCGAUGCCAAGAUGGAAGGUUCAUGAAGCCUGGCAAAAAAGCUGCAAAAACUGGCACCAAAAAGGGAAAAGUAAACACAAGAAGUGUGAAAGUUCAGUCUCAAAAAAGUAAAAAGGCAACCACAGAUUGCAAGUCAGUGCAACUAAAGAGCCAUAAAAAACCAGUGGGCAGGAGACCAUUACGAUCUAAAAAUGAUAAACAAAUUGCUUCUGUACCACUGCGACGUUCUACUAGAAAAAUUAAAUUUGUGUCAGUACCAAUCAAGAAGCGUGUAGGGCGUAAGAAAGGGAAACAGAAAACUAAAAAGAAGAUAUCCAGAAAACCAAAGAAGGACCCUUCUUGGCGGAAGCAGAGAACACAGGCCUAUUACAGUUACUGGCUCAAUGGUCUCCUGUUAUCUAGAAAGCCUGACGAUGAACGAGUGAUGCUAUUUAGGAAGAAAUUUUUUUUUGAUUCUUCUGAAAACUUGACUGAUGUCCUUGAUAAACCCAAAUGCUAUCUUUGCUGUGAUGCUGGAUAUACAUCUACAUCAAAUUUUAUUGCUUGUGAAAUUUGCAGAGAGUGGUAUCAUGGGGAUGCUUAUGGAGUUAAUGUGGAGAACAUCAAUAAGCUUAUUGGAUUUAGAUGUCAUGUGUGCCGUAAUAGGACUCCUCCUGCUUGUCCUUGUAAGGAACCCUUAGGAAGUGAUCGAUUGCAACUUGUUGAGGAACAAAUUAAUAAUAAGAUGGAAUGUUCUGAGGAUGUAUGUGAACCUGUCCUACCUGAGACUGAGGUGAAAUAUGACAAUCAGUCUCAUUCUAUUGAAGAACUUCAAGGCUCAGUUCCAGUUGAUCAGUGCUUUCAUAAAGAAGAGGAAUUAUGUAGUAGUGUGUUGGAAUCUAGGUCGGAAGGAGAAAAAGAUCAUGCAUUUGACAGUUCGGAGUUGAAUGUCAAUUCAAUUGAUGUUUCUAACAAGGAUUUAAAAGCAGGUGUACUAACAUCUAACGAAAAUGUUGUGUUAGAAGAAAAUACAGUCAGAGUAGUACAUGAUGACACUGUGAUUCAUGACCAGGCAGAGCCUAGUUCCUGCAAGGUUGAUCUGGAUUUGAUGGAUACUGAAUCAACAUUGUUACGGCAUGAUGAGGAAAAGGAUGGUUCGGUGAAGACUCCACCCAUCCUAAAUUCUCCAGUGGAUGGAACCCUUUUGGACUCCAAGGAGUUACAUUUACAGACUUGUUUGACAUCAGAGGAAUUGAUAGAUGAAGGAGAAAAAACAGUGUAGAUUAGAUUCACAGUUUUAUCAUUUAAUUUGGUGUAGCAAGACUGCCCCUACUGUAGAGGCUAGAGUGAUUUGUAAGGCUAGGGUUACUUGUAAAUCUUCCUAAUAUUGUUUAAAUCCUUGCAGAAUUUUUAGGAGCACCUGGAAUGAUUCAUUUAAACUGAAAAAUAAGAUCUUAUUUGUGACCAUAAAUCCUUUUGACUUUUUUCAUUCCUCUGCUUUUACAUCAGUUUAGCAGUUAGAAAAUUUGCGAAGAGAUGAUUUGUGCUUGGGAAGCAUAUCUGGAGAGUCAUUGGACAUUCUUGACCAGGUAUGGAGCGGACAUGAGGAGUGAAGGCCACUGGGUUGGAAAGGCCAGCGACUUUUACAUCUUGAUUUGGAAACUUGAUUAAUGUCUUAAAUUCAAGAAGAUAAUGGAAUAUUCAUCUUCUUGGUUUCUUCAUUCUUGGAUGUUGUCUUUGGCUAAUUUACUUUUUCAUUUCAUAGAAAUUUAAUUUGUUAUUCAUGGUAUUUGGAAUCUAAACCGUGCGACGUGAAGGACAUUGUAUGCAUAGUGCAUAAAACUUUGAGCUGAUAAUAUUACUAUUGACAUGGCUGAACUCUGAAGUGACUUCAUUGUAUUUCUGUUGUAUGGAAUACGAUAUCAAGUAUGCAUAUCAUUUUUUCCUUGUGAAUCUUAUCAUGCAACAGCCCAGUCAUGGCUCGCUGCUACAUCGACCCAACAUUCUUUAGACCAAAUGGCAUGAGCUUGUAAUAGAACAUGCCCUCCUCUCUUGGUGAUAAAGCUGUUCUCGCCUAAACUUCCUCAGCCAUCUUGAUUGCCGGACAAUUCUUGCGGUGAAAAGGAAGUCAUAGCACUCUAUUGACCUGCACGGGAACCCAGAAAUGGCCAGUAAGGUUCAGAUUAUGAAAGAUUAUACAACCAAAUCAAAACCAGCUGCAGUUUCUUCUUCUUUCCAAGGCAGUAUUCUUGGUUGAGCUUGUAUGUUUUCUUAUAGUGCCAUCGAUUGAUCUCGGUUAAAAGGCGUUUUAUGUCGAUCUGAUAUGCAUUAUCAAGCAUUUACCCCUGUUAAUACAGUUUAUAACCAAAAUCAGAAGCAGUUUCUGCUACUUUCAAAUGCAAUAUUCUUGGUUGAACUUGUAUGUUUU